AUGGGAAGAGCACCAUGUUGUGACAAGGCAAUUGUGAAGAGAGGGCCAUGGUCACCUGAAGAAGACUCAAAGCUGAAGGAUUACAUAGAGAAGAAUGGGACUGGAGGGAAUUGGAUUGCUCUUCCUCAGAAAGCUGGUCUCAAGAGAUGUGGGAAAAGUUGCAGAUUGAGAUGGCUUAACUAUCUCAGGCCCAACAUUAAGCAUGGAGAUUUCUCAGAUGAAGAAGACAGAAUAAUUUGCAGCCUCUAUGUUAAUAUUGGAAGCAGGUGGUCAAUUAUAGCUGCUCAGUUGCCAGGGAGGACUGACAAUGACAUAAAGAACUAUUGGAACACAAAGUUAAAGAAAAAGCUCAUGGGGUUUCUUCUUGUUUCUCAUCAAAGAAAACCUCAAUUUCCAUCUUCCAAUGAACAAAAUCCACUACCUUCUCCUUCUUCUCACCCACUAUCCUCAUCAAUGUACACUGACUACUGCAGCUACAACCCAGCAACAGCUUCAUCUUUCACAGGUCUUGAACCUAUUUCACUUCCUUCAAGUAACUAUGCAAGCACAAGUUGCAACACAACAACCUCAAUUUCUGUCCCCUUUUACCAAAACCAAGAGUCCAUGGUUAGUGUUAGUCCCAUGCAACAAUAUUACCCUAUCAGAGACAACAUGCUCAUUUUUGGUAGUGAAGGAAGUUGCAGUUCCUCUGAUGGAAGCUGCACUCAGGUUAGCCAUAGCAGGGAGAUCAAGCAAGAGGAAAUGGGUUAUCAGAGCUACAUGUCUAGUGGAUUUGAAGAAUAUAACAACAAUUUUAUGCUUAGUUAUGGAAGCACUAAUGAUGGUGGUGAAAAUAAUAUUAACCAUUAUGCAGAAAAGUCAUCAUGUGGAUUCUUUGGCCAAAAGCAAACCCCUAAUUUGGAUUAUGAUCUUGAGAAUAUUAAGCAAUUGAUUAGUAGUAGUAGUAACAACAACAGUUUCAGUAUUGAUGAAAACAAGACAGAGGAGAAAGGCAUGUACUAUUGCUACUACUGA